UAAUUAAAAAGUUUCAAGUAUUAACGGCCACCAUCACUACCUUGGAAUAGUAUUAAUCUCCUAUGUACACAUAUUUAACAACUGCAGCAAGUAGAUUAUGCUGCCUUAACCAUCUUAAACAGCUUCAUGCUCAGAUCAUUCUUAAUUCCCUUCAUCAAACCAGUUUCUGGGUUUCCUUGCUCAUCACUCAAUGCACUCGAAUUCGAGCCCCAAUUUCUUAUGCUCACCUCAUUUUCAACUCCUCAACAUGUCAUAAUUCCUUUCUAUGCACCUCCAUGAUCAAGUAUUUCUUCCAUUUGGGUGCCCAUGAUCAAGUUUUCAUAACUUAUCGAAAAAUGUUGAGGGAUCACAUGUUGCCUGAUGCUUUUGUGUACCCAAUUUUGAUUAAAUCUGCUGGGAAAUAUGGUAUUGUGUUACAUGCUCAUGUCAUCAAAUUGGGGUUUAGUGAUGAUGAUGUAGUUCGUAAUGCCGUUAUGAAUUCGUAUGUAAAAUCUGGUCAUCUGGGUGUUGCCCGAGAACUGUUCGAUGAAAUGCCUGAUAGAAGUUUUGCGGAUUGGAAUUUGAUGAUUUCUGGGUAUUGGAGGUGGGGUUUGUAUGAUAAAGCACGGGAGCUAUUUGAUUUAAUGCCUGACAGAAAUGUGAUUACUUGGACUAGUAUGAUUACUGGGUAUUCGAAGAUGAAGGAUUUGGAUACAGCUAGGAGGUAUUUCGAUCACAUGCCGGAGAAAAAUGUUGUGCCGUGGAAUGCAAUGUUAGCUGGGUAUGCACAAAAUGGGUUUGAAGAAGAGGCUUUGAGAUUGUUUGAUGUAAUGUUAAAGACUGGUGUCGAUCCUAACGAAAGGACAUGGAUAACAAUCUUCUCGUCGUGUUCUGCAAAGGGUGAUCCUUGCCUUGCAGAAACUCUUGUAGGAAUGCUCGACAAUAGAAACAUCGAAACUAACUGUUACUUUCAAACGGCCCUUCUUGAUAUGUAUACCAAAUGUGGACAAAUUAAGGCUGCCCAAGAUAUCUUUGAUCGAUUAGGAUCGCAGGCAAACUCCGCUUCCUGGAAUGUUUUUAUCUCUGCAUAUGCACGUAUUGGAGAUCUCGCUUCUGCGAGGGAUCUCUUUGACAGAAUGAGUAACAAGGAUAUUGUCUCAUGGAACGCUAUGAUCGUUGGUUAUGCCCAAAAUGGACAAUCACUUCAAGCCAUUGAACUUUUCAAGCAAUUAGUCGCCAUUGGACACCCUAAACUGAAUGAGGUGACAACGAGUAGUGUGAUAUCUGCUUGCGGGCAUCUUGGGGCUUUGGAAUUAGGUAAUUGGAUAGUAAGUCUCGUUUCCAAGAUGAACAUUAGAUUUAGCAUUUCGGGGUACAAUUCGAUGAUAUAUAUGUACUCGAAAUGUGGUAAUAUGAAAGAAGCUGUUAAGAUCUUCCAAGAAAUGAAAGUGAAAGAUGUAAUUUGCUACAAUACAAUGAUAGCUGGUUUUGCAACUCAGGGUAGUGCCAUCGAAGCUAUCGAACUUCUGGGUGAAAUGCAGUUAGACGGGAUCAAACCAGACCGUGUAACAUUCAUAGCUGCACUCACAGCGUGCAGCCAUGCAGGAUUGUUAGAAGUAGGUCGAAAAAUAUUUGAUUCAAUCAACUGUCCAUCGGUGGAUCAUUAUGCUUGUAUGGUUGAUCUUUUAGGUCGAGUAGGUGAGCUAGACGAAGCUCUAAGAUUGAUUAACAGGAUGCCGAUGGAACCCCACGCAGGGGUGUAUGGUUCCCUUCUUAACGCCAGUCGUAUUCACAAGAGGGUUGACAUAGGCGAAUUUGCUGCGAACAAGCUUUUCGUGCUUGAACCCAACAACUCGGGUGUAUAUACAUUGCUAUCGAAUCUAUAUGCCGGUUCAAAUAGGUGGAAAGAUGUUGAAAGAAUCAGAAAAAAGAUGAAUCAAAAGGGUGUAAGGAAGGCAGUAGGAUGGAGUUUAGUCGAAUACGAUGGGAAAAUGCACGAGUUUAUCGCAGGAGAUCGAUCACAUGAAAGAACAGCUGAUAUUUACAGAUUAUUAUCUGAGCUAAGGAGGAAAAUGAGAGAAUUUGGGUAUGUUCCUGAUAUAAGUUGUACAUUAACAGACAUUGAAGAAGAAGAAAAAGAAGAAAUGGUUGGGGCCCACAGUGAGAAAUUGGCUAUUUGCUAUGCUCUUCUUGUGAGUGAAGCAAGAUCUGUUAUUAGGGUGAUCAAGAACUUGAGAAUUUGUUCAGAUUGUCAUAUGGUUGUUAAGAUUAUAUCAAAAUUGGAGGGAAGAGAGAUUAUUGUGAGAGAUAAUAACAGAUUUCAUUGCUUUAAGGAUGGUUCUUGCACCUGCAAUGACUAUUGGUGAUGCAAUUGUUGUAAAAUAGUGUCAAGUUUUAUUAACUAAGCUAGUUAACAUUCAGCGUGUAAGAUCGAAAAAUUUAAAUAUAAACAAUAACUUUUUGGAGAGUAACGGGAUAG